GUAGCUGUAGUCGCGAAUUAAGUGCCAAGCGCAGCGGACGUUCCGUUUGAGUUGUAUAUUGUUAAGCAGUUGUGCUAUCGGUCAGAAAAGUGCUUACGUGUGUGUGUAUGUGCGCAAUAUCAAUGCAGCCCACUGACAGCAAACAGAACACAAAGGAUGUCAGCCUGUUGCUGCUGUCAGAGCCGCGAGAGCCGCGAGAGCCGCGAGCGCCGCUGCAAAAGAGUUCCAUUGAUGACUCGAAGUCGACGCAUUCAUCGCACCGACGACGUCUUUGCCGCGUGCCCUGGUUCCUACUGCAGAUGUCCUUUGUGGAGAUCUCGCUGUAUCUGAUUGCCAACGCGUGCAUGCAGCGGCGCCUCAUAUUCAAGCCGGAGCUGGGGCACGAGUAUUGGCGCUUCUUUACCUACAUGCUGCUCCACGCUGAUCUCUGGCACCUGUGGAUCAACAUCUGCCUGCAGUGCUUCAUUGGCGUCUACCUGGAAGUGGAGCAAGGUCACUGGCGCUUGGGCGUCGUCUAUGUAACGGGCGGCCUUUGUGGCGGCCUGGCCAACGCCAGUCUGCAGCCGGGGCUCUCGCUGCUCGGCGCAUCGGCGGGAGUCUAUGCCAUGCUGUGCAGUCAUGUGCCCCACCUGGUUUUGAAUUUCUCAAAAUUGUCGCAUCGUACUUGGCGCGUCGCCGUCCUCCUGAGCUUGUUCGUCAGCAAUGCGGCAUACACGAUUUAUCACUUCUGCCUCAAUGACAAUCGCAACCCGCGCAUCAGUCUGGAGGCCCAUUUGGGUGGGGGCGUGGCCGGAUUGAUAUGCGGCUUUCUUAUUUACAGGCGAAUCUCGUCGGAAACACCAAAUUUGUAAUUAACUGUGCUCGAUCGAUUCCAGAUUCGAUUAGAUCUGCCUUCAUUUGGUCUCAACAUUUGCAAUUCAACUCGAAUCCGCCGGAAAAAGCCAAAUCAAAUUCAUCGAAUAAAUUUCUGGCAGUAUUUACGCUUGGCUUUUAUGGCCAAGCUAUUGACUCUUAAGGGCAUCCAUAAAUUUCUAUGCUACAGUUGGUAAAGUGUUAUUUUUACACCAUCGAAUCGAUUUUAUAGACUCAAUCUGAUGACUCAGCUAAUUAGGUGGAAUAAUGUAUAAGGCAAGGGUAAUUACAUAUUUAUGUUUUUAUAUUUAUGCCCAUCUAAACUGGAUCAUUGAUCAUUUUCAUUUAGCACUGCAAUUAGCUUCAAUUUAUUUAUAGCACUGGCUCAUAACUCACUAACGUCGAGACUGCUUUGGUGGAUUUGGUGGAUUCUCAAUGAAUCAAUUGAAUAGUUUUCAGGUUAAUCGAAUCAGUUAUCAGAAAAUGUGAUCUAAAUUCCAAUAGAUUUGUAUGAACGAGGGUAGUCGAUAAGUUUUUUGUUUAGGUUAGAAAAUGAAUUUCGUAUUACAAUCAUAUCAACAGCAUAAAUUUAUAAAACCUUUAAGAACACAAAGCAAAUAAUUAUGUAACGUAGUUUUAAGGAGUAAAUAAUUAGAGAUGGGAUGAAGGAGAGAGAGUGACAGAACGAGAGAGCGAGAGACAGAACGAGAGAGAGAGAGAGAGAGAGAGAGAGAGAGAGAGA